CAAACCAAGUAUUUCCAUCCCUGCGAGAAGUUUUAAAAAGUAAAGCCCUUGUUUGUUCCAGGGCUCGGCUUCACUUUUUCCACGUGUCCCACGGUGUCACAGCUUCUGACACAAACGUGUCACCUUGAGAUAUUUUUUUGCCUGCCUUCAAAUUUCAGACUUUAAAAAACAACUACUUUAUUUUAAGUCAGUGAGCCACAAACGAGACCAAAGAUGAGAUUUCAAACAUCAGGACAGUCCCCAGUCUUGAGUGAUUGUUGUUCUAAAUGCUUAAAUCACUAAAACAAAGUGAGUUUUGAUGGUUUUUAUUUUUUCACUUUACAAGCUGAGUAGUGAUACUGAAGAUCCGGGGGCGCGCCUGGCAGCUCCGCUCACCUGCCGCAUCUCCUCCACUCCGCAGAGACUUUUACUUGCACUUUUUUUUACGCACAGAAACGCCACUUGUGACUAUUUUAAGAGAGAGAUCCUCACUAUCUGAAAGAAAAAAUCGGACUCCACACAUUUCAUUCAUUCUGACAACACAACCGCCUCGGCUUUGGAGUGCGUAAAGGAGCAUUGCACUUUUUACGCACACCGAACUUGAAAAUCUAACUUUUGAAAUUACACGGAGGAUCCAGAUCUACACUUUUUUUUUGUCACGAAUACAAAGAUUAAAGACACUUCCGCUGUGCCCCAGAGAGACCACCGGGAUUUUCAUCGCCAUGCUGUUCGACACUUUCGACCUCAUCUCGGCUCUGGCCACUCUGGCCGCGUGCCUGGUGUCCAUGGUCCUGCUCCUCGCCGUCUCCCAGCAGCUGUGGCAGCUCAGAUGGACGGCCACGCGGGAUAAAAACUGCAAGCUGCCCAUGCCCAAAGGAUCCAUGGGCUUCCCCUUCAUCGGCGAGACCUGCCACUGGCUCCUGCAGGGUUCGGGCUUCCAUGCAUCGCGGAGGCAGAAGUACGGCAACGUGUUCAAGACCCACCUGCUCGGCCGCCCUCUGAUCCGCGUGACGGGCGCGGAGAACGUGCGUAAAGUGCUGAUGGGCGAGCACACGCUGGUGACGGUAGACUGGCCUCAGAGCACCGCCACGCUGCUGGGACCCAACUCACUGGCCAACAGCAUCGGAGACAUCCACCGCAAGAGGAGAAAGGUGUUUGCCAAAGUGUUCAGCCACGAGGCCUUGGAGUCCUACCUCCCGAAGAUCCAGCAGGUCAUCCAGGAGAGCCUCCGAGUAUGGAGCUCCAACCCUGAGCCCAUCAACGUCUACAGGGAGAGCCAGAGGUUGUCGUUCACCAUGGCUGUGAGGGUGCUGCUGGGAUUCAGGGUGUCAGAGGAAGAGAUGAGGCAUCUGUUCUCCACCUUCCAGGACUUUGUGGACAACCUGUUCAGUCUGCCUAUAGACCUGCCGUUUAGUGGCUACAGGAAGGGUAUCCGUGCACGAGACAUCCUGCAGAAAAGCAUAGAGAAAGCCAUCACGGAGAAGCCGUGUUCCCAGGGGAAGGAUUACAGCGACGCGCUGGAUGUCCUGAUGGAGAGUGCUAAAGAGAACGGCACCGAGCUCACCAUGCAGGAACUGAAGGAGUCGACUAUUGAGCUGAUCUUCGCUGCCUUCGCCACCACGGCCAGUGCGAGCACCUCACUCAUCAUGCAGCUCCUUCGCCACCCUGCCGUGCUGGAGCGCCUGAGGGAGGAGCUUAGAGCCAGGGGUCUCCUCCACAAUGGCUGCCUUUUACCAGGAGAGCUGAGGCUGGACACCAUCGUGAGCCUGAAGUACCUGGACUGUGUCAUCAAGGAGGUGCUGAGACUCUUUACGCCCGUCUCAGGGGCCUACCGAACCGCCAUGCAGACUUUCGAACUUGACGGAGUUCAGAUUCCAAAGGGCUGGAGUGUGAUGUACAGCAUUCGGGACACCCACGACACCUCCGCUGUCUUUAAGGAUGUGGAGGCCUUUGACCCUGACCGCUUCAGUCAGGAGCGAGGAGAAGACAAAGAGGGACGCUUCCACUAUCUGCCUUUUGGCGGUGGUGUCCGGUCCUGCCUGGGCAAGCAACUCGCCACCCUCUUCCUUCGCAUCCUGGCAAUUGAGCUGGCCAGCACCAGCCGCUUUGAGCUGGCAACCCGGCAGUUCCCCCGUGUUGUCACGGUACCCGUGGUCCACCCUGUCGACGGGCUGAAAGUCAAGUUCUACGGCUUGGACUCCAACCAGAACGAGAUCAUGGCCAAGUCAGAAGAGCUGCUGGGAGCGACUGUUUGAAGGGUAGGGAGCUGACACGUAAGGGAGGGGGUUGGGGUGGGGGGGUGCGAGUGUUCGAAGAAGUCUUUAAGGACAGAAAGAAUUUCAGAGUUAUUUUUUUGUCUCCACCUUUGCUCUGCCAAGUUGGAGGUUCCUUUUCAGACUAAAAGAAAAGCAGAAGUCUUCGUCUCUUGUUAUGAUCGGGACUUUUCUCUGAAAAAAGGAAGACACUGCCAAAAAAGUUUGUAAUUUUGCUCUAUUGUGUGUAUUUUUUAAGGAAAUAUACAAACAAUAUGUAUGUACAAAAAAGCUAUGUAAUAUAAUUUGAAAGAGAAUGUGGGUAGUGCACAAUGGGAGAAAGAGAAGUAUGGUGGUACUUUUGGUGAAAUGAAGGGUUGAAUUUGGAAAAGUAAAAGUAAAGACGGUUGCGGAAGGAAGGCGAGCUGGAUGAAACAGGGUAUAGAAUGAAAGAAUAUGAUAUUUGAGCAUUUUGCUGCUUGUGCUUAAUCAAAUGCAGUGAACCGUUUCAGUUGUCUAGCAGGGUAAAAGAGAUGGAUAUAAAGACUUAAGGGUUCCAGACCUUCUGGUCAAAUAUGGUAAAUUUUGAGCCAGAGUUCUUCAAGGCUUAAUCCAGAUUCAAGUCAUGUUUUCUGCUUAUUUGAGAAAGAUUUGAAAGAAUGACAAGCCUCGGUGGUGGUAUUGUGUUUUCCAUCAAGAUUCAAACGGUCUACUGGCUUACAGAGACAGUCGAAGGGAUCAUCAGGUACACUGUGUUGCUGAGCUUGUAAGAUUGGCGCUGCACAGUUACUUUGAACCAACUUUAUCAUGAUACAGUAUUUUGAAGUGCCAACAUUUGUACCGCUAAUUAUUGUCAAACAUCAAUUCAGGCAGUGAAGGAAAGGGCUUAGAAAUGAGCGGGAAGAUAUAAUGGCUGCAUAUUUUAAUGGGUGCAACACGACAUUUUGAAUGGAUGUAAAUGGGCAAUUUUUUCAAGUCCUCUUUUCUAGCGGUUUUCUUCACAAAGCUGCGUCUAAAUUGUGUGAUCCUUAUGGAUUUUUCCAUACCAUUUCCAUACAUGCUUUGUACAAGAGAACAAGCUUUAGUUAUCAAAUGACCAACAU